AUGCCUCUUUGCUGCCCGAGCUCGGGGCAGAUGAAAGGCUCCAAUCAGGACCCCGGCAGCCCGCGGCAGCCCCGGCUCGGCUCUUUGUGCGCAGCAGAGGAGCGCAGCGCGGGCAGCAUGCGGCCGCCGAGCCUGGGCGCCAGCCUGGCCUGGGCUCUGCUCAGCACCGCGCUGGGGAUGGAGCUGAGCCUGCGGGAGACUCUGCUGCUGCGCUCGCUGGGUUUGAGCAGCAGACCCGAGCCCAGAGCCCCGGCGCCGGUGCCGCCCGUGCUCUGGAGCAUCUUCCGCGGCGGGACCGGGGCUGCACCCGGCGGCUGCCGCGUCAGCGAGCUCAACGUGCCCGGCAACAUCGUGCGGGUCUUCCCCGACCAAGGCCACUUCAUCCAUAAGGGGCAGCCCCAGAGGCUGUUGUGUCUGCAGAAGCGGCUGUACUUCAACCUCUCGGUGCUGGAGGAGGGUGAGAGCUUGACCAUGGCUCAGCUGGAGAUCCAGUUCAGCCACAACUCCUACCACAGCUCCAGCCAGGGCCAGGCUUUUGAGCUCAGGCUCUACCAGAGCUCUCAGCUGGCCCUGCAGGGGAUGCCCUCACCAAACCCCAGCCAGAAGCUGCUGCUGGAGAGAUCCUUCGUGCAGCUGCACAAAUCUCUGCUCUUCAACCUGAGUGGGGUGGCCAAGGGCUGGAGAACCCCCAGCAGGAACCUGGGCUUGAUCCUGGAGCUGUCGGUGAGCGGCGCCGGGGGCUCAGCCCAGCCCGGGACGGGGCUGCAGGGGCUCUGCAGCAGCAUCAGCUCCUUCCUCGACACCUCUCUGCUGGUGGUGACGCUGGACCAGCAGCAGUGUAAAGCCGCCAGGAGGAGGAGGAGGAGCCUUCAUCCCGCCCCCGUCACCCCGAGCAACCUGUGCAAGCCGCGGCGGCUUUACAUCAGCUUCAGCGACGUGGGCUGGGAGAACUGGAUCAUCGCCCCCCAGGGCUACCUGGCCAAUUACUGCCUGGGGGAGUGUCCCUUCCCCCUGACUGCCGAGCUCAACAGCACCAACCACGCCAUCCUGCAGACCAUGGUGCACUCCCUGGACCCCGAGGGGACGCCGCAGCCCUGCUGUGUCCCCGUCAGGCUCUCGCCCAUCUCCAUCCUGUACUACGACAACAGCGACAACGUGGUGCUGAGGCACUACGAGGACAUGGUGGUGGAUGAGUGUGGCUGCAGGUAA